CCAUCAUGCGAAGAUUCUGCGACUUCGCGAAAAGGAACGAUCUCGAGGUUCGGGAGGAAAACGUUCCUCUUUUUAUUGUAAGUCUACAACUCGCCAAGAGCAGCGCGGUGCAAUACACAAGAACUUUGUUGAGCUUACUGGCCUCGGGGGGGUCACCAGCCCAGAUGUUUUUGGCCGGUCUUCAACGAAAGGCGGCCGCAAACCCCAUGAAACAGGCCCGCCCCAUGGAGAGAUGGGAAUUGGGUCUCGUCGGCGAUUUGUUGGCUUCGAAAACGAUCGGGUAGCCCCACGACCCGCCUGGGUCACAGCCAGACGGCGGGGCGAAAUCGCCCUACGGCAAAAGGAAAAUUUCAUCCCCCACCCCUUAAAACAAUAA